AGGUGGCCUCAGCAACAUGCUGUUUCAGUGCUCACUACCUGAUACCAUUGAGACAGUUGCGGAUGAACCACGGAAAGUUCUGCUGCGCUUAUAUGGUGCAAUCCUCCAGAUGAGGUCCUGUAAUAAAGGAGAGUCUGUGCAGUCUCAGAAGGAAAAUGACUUGCAAGGGGCAGAAGCCAUGGUUCUGGAAAGUGUAAUGUUUGCCAUUCUUGCAGAGAGAGCUCUUGGCCCAAAGCUGUAUGGAAUCUUUCCACAAGGGCGACUGGAGGAAUUCAUUCCCAGCAGGAAACUAAGUACUGAUGAACUAAGCUUACCUGACAUAUCUGCUGAAAUAGCUGAGAAGAUGGCUAGAUUUCAUGGCAUGAAAAUGCCAUUUAAUAAAGAACCUAAGUGGCUUUUUGGGACAAUGGAAAAAUAUCUAAAUCAAGUGCUGAGGAUUAAAUUUACCAGAGAAUCCAGAACUAGAAAACUGAACAAACUCCUCAGUUACAAUCUCCCCCAAGAAAUGACAAAUCUAAGAGCUAUGCUUGAAGCUACUUCAUCACCAGUCGUGUUCUGCCACAAUGACUGUCAAGAAGGUAAUGUCUUGCUUCUGGAAGGCAGAGAGAAUUCAGAAAACCAAAAGCUGAUGCUUAUUGACUUUGAAUACAGCAGCUAUAAUUACCGAGGAUUUGACAUUGGAAAUCACUUCUGUGAAUGGAUGUAUGAUUACACAUAUGAGAAGUACCCAUUCUUCAAAGCCAGUGUUCUUAAAUAUCCUUCAAAGAAGCAACAGCUUCAUUUUAUCUCCAGUUACCUGUCUGCUUUCCAUGAUGGCUUUGAAAAUCUGAGCAAUGAAGAGAAGUCCAAACUAGAAGAAGAAGUGUUGAUAGAAGUUAACAGGUUUGCCCUCGCAUCACACUUCUUCUGGGGUCUGUGGUCUAUUGUACAAGCAAAGAUCUCAUCCAUUGAGUUUGGUUACCUGGAAUAUGCGUUAUCGAGAUUUGAUGCAUACUUUGAUCAGAAGAGGAAGCUGAAGGUGUGAAUGUGGGAGGAGUGGCCUGUUGGUUACUGUACGAAGAGGGCAGCUGGACGGAACUUACACUGUGCUUAGGCUACUGUAUCUCUAACAAAGGUGUCACUGAAUUCCAGUUCCUUGGAACACAGGUGUACAGUACUGAAGACUGUAUAAAAAUGACUUGUUUACAGUUUUGAAAUACUUGGAAUGAGAUUGGGAGGCAAGUAAAAUAGACCAGUGCAAUAUCUUUAAAUCUUUUUGCUCUAGAGGGUAUUUUAUAUUAUGGGAGAAGCUUACAAUUCAGUGUCAAUACCACAUGCAUCAGAGCAAGCUGUUACUGUGAGUACAUUUUCUAGGGGGGUGUUGGCAUUGAGGUUCAUGUUGUAAGCAAACAGUUGUAAAAGAUGAUUCGUUGUAGACACUGCCUUUUAAUGAGAAGGAAAAGCAAAGAAGACAACUGUUAAACUGUGAAGCAGACUUGAUCUUACUGUAAGAUUAGGAUCAACAUGCCCCAUGAACACUAUCUUCGAAGCUGCUGAUAUGUUACACCACUUUAACCAUAAAAUAACUAAAACACUUUGAAGCAGUACGCUUUAAAGCGUUA